AUGGCAAGGUCCAUCACCUUUGCUGUGAAAACAUCCUCUCAAAGAGCAAACGCUGCAAGUGCACCUGCGCCUGUGGCGCUGAAUGCGCCGACUGGAGUACGUAGAUCCAUUGCCACCGUCGCGGACGCUUCAGCCGCCAUCGGCAUUGCUCGUACCCACUCGUACCGCGUCGUCGUUGUCGGUGCAGGUGCCGCCGGCCAGGCGGUUUCGCAUCAGCUCGCUCUUUCGGGCUUCUUCGACGCUGGCGACUCUUCCGCGCAGAACAUCCUCGUCAUCGAUCCGUCAGAAACACAUGACUAUCAGCCAGGAUGGACGCUCGUUGGGGCUGGACUUAAGCCCAAAGAAGAGUUCAGGAAGCCGAUGCGCGAGUUGUUCGCUACUUCCUCGGAAGACGCACAAGGACAAUCGAAGAUCGAUCAUCUUCAAGAUGCGGUUGAGAGCUUUGAACCUGAGAAGAACCGCAUCGAGACGCGGGAUGGAAGGACGAUCGAAUAUGAGCAGCUCGUCGUCUGCCCAGGCAUUCACAUUAACUGGGCCGGCAUUGAAGGUCUAGAAGAGGCACUGAGAGAUGCGAAAAGCUCAGGCGUAAGCAGCAUUUACAGCUAUGAUACGUGCUCUGACGUCUUCCCGCUGAUCACCUCGCUGGACCGAGGUCGUGCAAUCUUUACACAGCCAGCAGGGUUCAUCAAAUGCGCCGGAGCGCCACAAAAGGCCAUGUGGCUUGCUCUGGACCACUGGAAGCAACGCGGUGUCUUCAGUCCAUCAGAUCCUUCGAAAGGCGUACAGAUCACAUUCGCAACCGGUAUGCCCACGAUGUUCUCUGCACCUAAGUACAGCAAAGUCUUAGAUGAGAUGCGUCAGGAGCGCCAAGUCGAAGGGCUGUUCCAGCAUGACCUGGUUAAGAUUGACCCGAAGCGCAAAGUAGCAACUUUCAACCGUCCGGACGGGCAGUCGCCUCUCGAAAAGCAGUACGACUUGCUGCACGCUACACCGCCCAUGGGUCCGCUCCCGUGGAUCAAGUCGUCGCCUCUGGCUGCUGCUGAAGGGGGUUUCGUCGACGUCGAUCAAGCCACCACCCAGCACAAGAAAUACAAGAACAUCUGGUCCAUCGGCGAUUCUUCAAGCUUGGCCACUUCCAAGACGACAGCUGCGAUUGCCUCUCAAGCGCCUGUGCUCGUCGCCAAUCUGCUCCAAGCGCUCGCUAGCGAUGGCAAGGCGAUGUCAGUGGCUGCAUACGACGGCUACACCUCGUGUCCGUUGCUUACGGAAUACGGCAAGGUUUUGUUGGCUGAAUUCAAGUACGGCGGAGUGCCGAAGGAGACGUUUGGCAAUGCUUUUGGCAUCGAUCAGGCAGUACCAAGGCGCGCUUUCUACUACCUCAAGAAAGACUUCUUCCCUUGGGUCUACUUCAACUCGCACGUAAAAGGCACAUGGCAAGGUCCCAAAGGAUUUCUGAAUGCCGCCAAGCUUGCGCCUUCCAGUGCGAGUAGCGCGAGAUCGAUUCACACUGCCUCAAGGCCAUCCAUAUCGCCCAGACGCUUUGCCUUUGGCAAUCAGACACGCACCUUCAGUUCAUCCCCCGCAACAUCGCGUAACACGCCUGCUCGUCGACCCCGCGACCCUCUCGCAGUUGACCGCUCAGCUAUGCACCAUCGUCUGCCAACCGGCGAGACAUUCAUCGUCCGUCCCCCCCCGAGCGCGCCGAGCCCUUACACCUCGACGCUGACGCCGAACCCGAUCCUUGACGGCAUUGCCGCUGCUCCACCUAGCCCCGCUCUGCCACCGCCCAUCAAACCCCGUACACGAUCAUCCGUCUUGCCGGGAAGCCAACCUUUGACUGCUCAGCAAAUUCUGCAACUUCAAGCGCUUCGCAAAGAGGACCCAUUGAAGAACACGGCGAGCAAGCUAGCCAAACAAUUCGGCUGCUCGCCUACCUUUGUUCGCAUUGCUGCACCAGCGCCGAAGGAGAUCAAAGAGCUCCGCUCCUCUGCACUCGAUGCCUUGCGUCGCACCUGGGGUCUUCGCAAGCAAGUUGCCAGGACUGAAAAAGCUGAGCGCCGCAAGUUGUGGUGA